GCUCCUCAACAGCGACUCGGUGAGCGAGUAUCUCACGGAGCACGAGCUGCCGAGGACCUUCCGAUUUCUGAGCAUCCAGCACCGGUCCGAUGCAAUUCGUCUAGCGGUUCUCAAGAAGUAUGGCGGCAUUUGGGUUGAUGCGACCACCUUCAUGACGAAUCCGUUGCAAGAGCUGCUGGGCGACAACCCGAACGUGCGCACCUUCUUCGCGCUGCCAUAUCCCUGGACGGAUCAGUCGCUGAAGGACAAUGACACUCGUGUGAGCUGGAUCGAUCAUCCUCAGAACUGGUUCUUGGCAGCUCCUUCUGGAGACCUUUUCAUCCAUCGGCUGCAGCAGUGUGUGUGGCAGUUCAUGGACGGGGUGAAUCGCAAGGAUUUCAGCCUCUCCGGGUUGUUCAGCCCACAGCAGCUGGAGAUCAUGCCAAGACUGGGGAUCCGGGCGUACCUGUCUACAGAUGCCUGCAUGUUCAGGACCAUCUUCGAGGACUUGACCCUGUGGACUUGGUGGCACAGCCCACGUGUGCAGAUCCGAAAUCCCUGUGGACACCUUGGCUUCACCUGGAUGGCGAAUAUGACCGACACGCGCGUGAAGCUGUUCGAAAGCGUGGAUCCCGCUUUCAUGGUUCAACUGCGCGAUGACCCUGGCCUCUUCAUGAAGUUCACGAGCGACAUGCGGAGCAGGAUGAUCUUGCCACUGGACCCAGCGGCUAUCUGGUGUAAAGAGAACAGCUUCCGAAAAAUCUUGGAUUCCAUGAAUGUGAACUCAGCGGAGAGAUGCAAAAGACUGACUUCCUGA